AUGUCGACGAACGGUAGACCAGAGGCGGAUGUUAUAGCAAGCUUUCAAGACGGGCACACAUUCUCGAAGAAACGUAUGGAAGAGGCAUUUGCUUCAGGCGCCUUCAGUGAGCCGCCGAAGAGAGCUCCAAAGCUUGCAUUGGACACAAAACAAUCUGCAGAAUCUAUAGAUGUCAUCGUCAACGAACUUGGAUUAACGCGACAUUUAGCCGAGCAGGCACUCGCAAGGCAUAACGGGAAUCUCAUCGCUACUCUUCGCAACCUCGUGCGACCCCCAUCUGAGUGA